AUGACGAUUGUGGGCGGCCGGCGGCAGAGGCGAAACAACGGCGGGCGUGCGCGGUGCAGGCGCGCGUGCGUGAGGCGCGUGUCCCGGAGGCAGCGACGCCGCGUGCUGGGCGCUCACGUCGCCACGACGCACGUGGGCCCUGCCUGCCUGCCUGAUACACCUGCUGGCUCUUCUGCCGCCGCCACGCACUGGGAAUACCCAAAUAGACAGGCAGGCGGCGUCCGCAGUGACACGGCCACGCUAUUGGCCGGGGGGCGGGGCCAGGUGGCGGCGGCGGCGGCGGCGGCGACCCGCGGCCGGCGCGCCUCCCUGCCGGAGGCCGAGCUGCUUCAGUCUGACGCUCCGUAUUUGUUUAUUCUUCAGCAGCGGUCAAGAUAUGAGCUUCCCAUGCAGACGGCGCUGCACUGGGGCUCCAAGCACGGAAACGCGCACAUCGUCAAGAUGAUGGCCGGUACUUACCACGCCGACGUCAACGCCAGAUCCUGCCUGAUGAUGUGCAUAUUGCGUAAGUGCACGAUGAAAGUAGCACUUAUCUUUUGUAAAUGUAAUACAACUGAAAUUUUGAUGUGUUUGUACAUCCAGGGCUACACUCCUCUACACCUAGCAACACAGUUUGGUUACGAAGAAAUAGCAAACCUUCUGGUGAAUGCUUAUGGUGCUGACCAGAAUCUACGUGACUACAGUGGGCGAAAAGCUCGCCAGUAUCAGGCAAGCCAGGACACAAGUGUGUCAGCUGACACAUUCCGCAAAAUCAAAGCAAGGAAAAAACAGGCAGAAAAGGACUUAGGAUUCUUGAGAAUUGGUUCACUGAAUGUGAGAGUGAAGAAAACAACUGAAGCAUUCAGCAACUUCUUAGGUGUAGGAAUAAACAGUGACAAAAUACAUAAAACUUGGGGCUCAGCUGAUAAUAUACAGCAGGUUGACCGUCGCCGAAUGCCACCACCAAAGGCAGCACCAUUGAAGAAACGUCGCUCUCGACACGGUGCUGCUGACUUUACUGGUAGCUACAGCACACCAAGUACACCUCCAAGUCAGUCUCGCACUGCAAACAGUGAGCCAGGGCAGGAUUCAGACUCUGACUCGGCAUGUGGCUUCGGCAAUAAUUGGCAAGGCACUGUUUGAUGAAUGUGUUGUGAAUUUCAUCCAUGAGAGACUGUCUUGUGUUGGCUUGCUUGUUUUUGAGCUGCUCCAGUCCCAAAGUAUUUUUAAAACAUUUUAGUAUUGUGAAACCAGUUUCUAUAAUAUUGAUGUAGUGGUAUUCAGUUUGAUGUAUUGCUUUCUUUCCUUUAAGUUGUUUUAUAUUUAUUAUAAAAUUCUGAGUAUUAUUUUUGUAUUUUUACAGAUAUGUUGUAUGUUUGAUAAAAGCUGUUAUCAACCUACAGUAUUUUUACUUUUGUACAAUAGUUUCUGUGUUAUCUGUUUUGCUUCAUCUCUUUGUAAAAUUGUCCUGGAUUUUGUUCUAAAUUCAGCAUUAAAGUCAAUUUAAUAUCAAUGUAAAUCAUUUUACUGCAGUGCUAUAAUUUAGUCUUAGAAAUAAUUGUCUCUACAAGUUGUUUUCUUUGUGAUAUAUUGUCCUGAAGUAAACUUGUUCUCGUCAGCAUUCAAUUCUAGUUUUUAGAAACAUGUAGGAAAGAUAGAAAAGGAAAUAAACUGUUCAGUUCUUUUCGCAUUCAUGGUAAUUAAUAAUUAGAAUUUAUUUUUAUGUGAGAAAUGUACAUUACUCAAUGAUUUAGUUGAUGCACAUGUGAAUCUCAAUAAUUGUACUUGUAGAGUAUGACUGAUGGUUUACUGUAGAAAUUAAUGUAACAUUGUGAAUUAAAUAAAAUAAGUUUUUUUAACAA